AUGAAGGUCCUUACACCCAUUGCUGAUGCCUUAUCAAGAAGGAUAUCCAGUGAACACUCGCCAAAGCUUCAGAUCCGGAGCCACAGUUACCUGAGGGCAGUGAGCGAAGUCUCAAUCAACAGGAGCUUGGACAGCCUGGAUCCUGCAGGGCUGCUGACAUCCCCCAAGUUCCGCUCACGCAAUGAGAGCUACAUGAGAGCCAUGAGUACCAUCAGUCAGGUGAGUGAGAUGGAGGUGAAUGGUCAGUUUGAGUCCGUCUGCGAGUCAGUGUUCAGUGAGCUUGAGUCUCAGGCAGUGGAGGCCCUGGACCUGCCAAUGCCGGGCUGCUUCCGUAUGAGGAGCCACAGCUAUGUGAGAGCCAUUGAGAAGGGCUGCUCCCAAGAUGAUGAGUGCAUAUCACUGCGGUCUUCUUCUCCCCCGCGAACAACCACUACAGUGAGGACCAUCCAGAGCAGUACUGGUGAGUAA